AUGGAGAUGAAGGCGGAAGGUAGGCUGAUUGAGGAACAGCGUGUGAAUGAGCAAGACUCUCGUAGUGAAAAGUCGGGUUUGAAACUGUUUAAGUAUAUUCAUUCACUGCCCAACUUUGAUGAGAAGGAUGUGCGAGUCUUUUUCAUCUCAUUUGAGAAAGAGGAUAAACAAAUGCGGUGGUCAAUAGCCAUGUGGGUUACGUUGAUCAAAGCCAAACUUGUAGUGUCAGCAGACACAUCACUAAAUCUCAUCAGCGGCUCCAUUGAUAUGGACCAGUGGAUGUUGUAUAAUUUCAUCGUUCACUUAGGAAAGAUGCAUUAUCCUUUCCUUGCUGCCUUUGGUGUUCCAGCGCAAGCUAUGCAUCAGAAUCGAAUAACAGAAAAUGGAACGGAGACAAAUGAAACUCUCGGUAACCCAGAUGUCUGGCUCGAUACUGGAAAAGGGACUUCUUACAAAAUGCUUAAAGUGUUCUUCACUGUGAUUGUAGCAGGUUUAUUAAGCUUACUGACCAUAAUUGGAAACAUUCUGGUCAUAUUUUCCAUUAAAGUAAACAGACAAUUACAAACAAUCAAUAACUAUUUUAUUUUCAGCUUAGCCUGUGCUGACUUGAUUGUAGGUGUAUUCUCCAUGAAUCUAUACACCAUUUACAUUGUAGUAGGUCACUGGUCCAUGGGUCCAGUGAUAUGUGACUUAUGGCUUGCUGUAGAUUAUGUAGUCAGCAAUGCCUCUGGAAUGAAUCUCCUUAUGAUCAGCCUUGACCGUUACUUCUGUGUGACCAAAUCAUUUAGUUACCCCUUGACGAGAACAAUUAAGAGGGCAGUGAUGAUGAUUGCAGCUGCUUGGAUGUUACCAUUUGUUAUGUUCGCUCCUCCCAUUCUCAUCUGGCAGUUCAUUACAGGGGAACGGAAUGUUAGUGAUGGCGAGUGCUAUGUUCAAUUCCUCUCAAAUCCUGCUGUUACUUUUGGUACUACGAUAGUCGCCUUUUAUCUGCCUGUUACCAUCAUGGUGAUGUUGUAUGUGCACAUUUCGCGUGCCAGCAAGAAUCGAACAAAAGAGGAUAAGAGUAUGUUGGAGACAAAAAUGGGCAGUGUUUGUCCCUGUCUAAAGAAAAACAAAACGAUGAAAUUGGACAGUAACUGCAUAACCAAUGCAUAUGCUAAUAUUACCCCUGUCAAUUUGCAAAAUAGCAAAUUCACAAAUUCUAAUGACGGACACGAAAAACAACAAGUAUUCUCCAAUGAACCAACUUCCUUCAGUGGGAUCCCAUCUAAGCAGAUGAAACAAGGAUUGAUGCAAGAGAGAACAAACGUUUCUAAUGAGCAAAACUCCCUCAGCAUGCAGCUAUGCAAUUUUUCUUCCCUAAAGAUAGCUUACCAAACUCAAAACUUUCACAACAGUUCAACUAAAUCAGGAAAAGUACCAACCAUUAGCAGUGAGAAUGGGACAGACAGAGAGAUCAGACCUAACAAUGAAAUCAAUACCACGACCACGGCCCCUGCCAAGAAGAAGGUAAUUGCAUCCCGAGAAAUGCGGGUCACUCAAACUGUCUUCGCGAUUCUACUGGCAUUUAUUAUAACUUGGACCCCAUACCAUGUUAUGGUAUUCAUUAAAACCUUUUGUUCAGUCUGUGUCCCCAAUACAGUUUGGACUAUUGGAUACUGGCUCUGUUACAUUAACAGCACUGUCAACCCAGCCUGCUAUGCACUCUGUAACAGCAGUUUCAAGAAAACAUUCAAGUAUCUUCUCUUUUGUCACUACAGAAAUAUUGGUGCAACAAAAUGA